CUCCUCCGCACCAGGUUCUGUCCAGGCGUUCUGAAAGCAGCUCCUCCUCCUCGUCCUCUUGCUCCAGCUCCGUCUCCCGUUCCCCGGUUCCCUGCCGGUACCGGCUCCCCUACCCACAGUCCUGGAACCGCGCUCGGUCCACAUCAAAGUCCUGGACUCAGUCUGGUUCCAGAUCUAGGUCCAGAUCCCCCUCCACACUGGCCCACAGCAGGGCCCAGAGGUGGAAGGACUGCUGCAGCUCCAACAGGGACUCCAGGAAACGAAAGAGACAACAAGAGAUGAGGAAUCAAAAACUAAAAGCCAUAGACGAGCGCAGGGUGGUGUACGUGGGCCGCAUCCAGAGGACCAUGAUGCACGCGGAGCUGAGAGAACGCUUCUCUCUGUUUGGAGAGGUGGAGGAAUGCACCCUGCACUUUAGAGACAGGGGCGACCACUACGGCUUUGUGACGUUCUACAACAUGAAAGAUGCGUUCUCAGCCAUCGAGAACGGCUACAAGCUGAGGAGACCUGACGAGCUGCCCUUUGACCUCUGUUUCGGGGGCAGGCGUCAGUUCUGCAAAUCUACGUACGCCGACCUAGAUUCUAAUCGGGAAGAGGAGGACGCCACUCCAGCGAAAAGUGAGGAGGAGGAGCUGGACUUUGACACGCUAUUGAAGCAGGCACAGAAAGGCUUGAAGCGGUAGCAGAGUCCUGGAGGAAGAGAGGGAGCCAAGAAAGGAAUGAUGGAGCUGUCACCCUGUUCCCUAUAGAGGGCACUAACCUGAGGGUUCUGGUCCCAAAGCAGUGCCCUCUAUAGAAGGGAAUGAUGGAGAUGUCACCCUGUUCCCUAUAGAGGGCACUAACCUGAGGGUUCUGGUCCCAAAGCAGUGCCCUCUAUAGAAGAGAACGGGGUGUAAUUUGGUCCUGCUCCAACAAGUUAGAAAGACUUACCUCAGAGAUAUACACAUGCACAUACUUUAACAUUGUAGAAAUGUUGUUUUAACUUGUUCACUUUUAUCAACUCAUUGUAUUUACCGUGCUAGCAAGACUUUGUUGAUACAGUAAAAAGAUUUGUAAGAAGAAAAAAAUCAUAUGAAACUUAUUGGAAUAUUGUAGUUUAUUUAUUUUUUAAAGGAAGAAUCUUUAAAUAUCUUUGUUUGCACUAAUAUUGCAUUUGCAAGCUUUGCAUUACUCUCGUCUGUUACAAUGUUUAAAAAGUUGAGAUUCCCUUGGUCAUUUUAUUCCCAAUUAUGAACAUGUUCUUUAUGAAUGAAUAAAGACUAUUAUUGUGUAAUACUGAA